CGCGUUGUUGGUCUUUCUCACGGACAUGCGGUUUUGUAGGUCAAAGCGAUUGUCUAGAAUUUCAGAUGAUGAUCAUAAUGAUUCACACAAUCUACUUUCGCCACGAAUUUCAAUUACAAUGGCCAGUCUGGUCCAAAGACUCUAUCGAAUCUUUGUUCCCCCGAGCCAGCCGUCUAAGGUUGAAGACUCUUCCAAUCCACCAAUUAAAUUUGGAAUCCUUGGAGCAGCUAAUAUAGCUCCUCCUGCCCUUCUCCUUCCUGCAAAAAGCCACGCAGAGGUAAUUGUAUACGCUGUCGCGGCGCGAGACCAGGGAAAGGCCGAGAAAUUCGCAAAGAAGCACGGUAUUGUCAAGGUUUACGGUGGUAGUAAUGGUUACCAGCAGCUUUUGGAUGACCCAGAGGUUGACGCGAUCUAUAACCCGCUCCCAAAUGGCCUUCAUUUUGAAUGGACCAUGAAGGCUCUCCUUGCAGGGAAACAUGUAUUAUGCGAGAAACCGAUGGCUGACACAGCUGAAGAGGUGAAGCAAAUGUUCGAUUUAGCUGAGAAGAAGGGAUUGGUAUUGCUCGAAGCGUUCCAUUAUCGUUUUCACCCUGCUAUCCAACGUGCCAAAGCUGUCUUGGACAGCGGCGAACUUGGAAAGAUUAAGAGCAUCGACCUGAAGUUCACGGCUCCUGCUGGCGCUAUGAAAGACUCCGAUAUCCGGUUCAAUUUAGCUCUGGGAGGAGGAGCAACGAUGGAUUUGGGCUGUUACAGCCUCAACUGCAUCCGGUACUUAUCGUCAUCUGACCCCACCUCUGUUGUCUCUGCUAUAGCCCUUCCCCUCAAAUCUGCCAACAUUCAGGAAACCAAGAUCGACCGAGCAAUGAGCACCACACUCGCUCUUCCAAACGACGUCCUCGCCUCCAUGGAAGUCGAUCUCUCAAUGCCAUGGGAAUUCUUCCCACCCAAACUUUUCAAAAUGUGGGUGGUCGUCAAAUGUGAAGGUGGCGAUGUGGAAGUUCAGAAUUUCGUGUUGCCGACUUUCUGGCAUUCAAUUAAGGUCUCGAACAAGGUUGGCGGAACCACUACUAGACGCGUUGAAAAGGUAUAUAAAUUUGCCGAUGCUCAUAUCGACGAUCAUUCAAAGGCUUUGGACUUGGGGGAGGACUGGUGGUUGACUUAUCGCUACCAGCUCGAGGCUUUUGUCGAUAAACUCAAGGGUAGAAUACCACAGACAUGGGUGACCAGGGAGGAUUCUAUUGCAAAUAUGCAGUGGAUCGAAAACAUCUACGAGAAGGUUCGAAUAGGAUCCCGUCCCCGUUCCAACUAUGUAUUGCCUGCCCAGUGA